GAAGGCCCAAAUCUCAAGCAGCAUCGCAUCUUUUCGAUCGAGUGGAGGAAUCAAAUCAAGCUCCGAGAGAAGUCGUCGGAAUCGUGUUCCUCCUCAGGCCGUCGAUCCAAGGAUCACGGAGAAUCUAUCAUCUCCGGUGAGAGUCUGCUCACGGGAUGCUAGUGUUACGUGAUAGAGGAUGCUGCUUGCUUAUCUGUGUAAUCGUCUUCAUAAAUAUGGUGCCUUGUUACAGCCAUGAGAGACUGUUUGAUGGGAAAACUUUAUAUGCUGGGAAGGAACUAUGGAAGGAGACACUGCCAUUGCAAUCUGGUUCUCGAGUUUACAAAUUAGAAGGGCUUAAGUCAAAUUCUUGGUAUGAAGUCAAGAUAUCGUACCCAGCUUCUAUACCGGCUCUAUUUUCGCUGCAAUUACUGAAGAAUGGUGAGGUUGGUUUGAAGCUGAACCAGAUGAGGAGAUUACUCAACACUGAGAAACUGAUCUUCAAAACCAAGAGUCUUGAAGAAGUUUAUAACAAGGACGGAUUGUAUGUUUUGGUGACGGUUGAACCUGAAGGAAUCGUGGCUAUACCAAAUUUCAAAGAACGAUCCUUCGUCAUUUACAACAUAGUUUGUGAAGAACAGCUCUUAGGCAUACCUUACUCAAGCUUGUCAGUGGUGGUUUUGGUAGUUUUGUGUCUAGUGGCCGCGUUGAUUCUUCCCAAGUUUCUCCCGUCUUAUCUUGUAAUCAAAGAUGGAGAUCGUGAUCGUUAAGAAGACGCAUUGGUUAAACUCCAUUACACACUGAUGUUUGUUUCUCAAAUUCUCUCUGUUAAGUGUUAACCUUUAGUUACAGGCUUACAGUGUUGAUUAUUAAAUUAAAACGAUAAUUAGUAUUAUUAAUACGA